UCGGAAAGCCGGAGUAAGUCUUUAUUUUCUUUCUCUGCGGGGGCGCGCUGGCCCACCCGCGGGCUGUAGUCCUUGAGAUUCGGGCCGACUGCUGAGCAGUCGGGCCGGAUCUCCCCGACAACUGUUCUUCUUCUUCGUUGAUAUUGAUAACUUCUUUCUCUGCGGGGGCACGCUGGCGCACCCGCGGGCUGUAGUCCCCGAGAUUCGGUCCGACUGCUGAUCAGUCGGGCCGGAUCUCCCCGGCGACUGUACUUCUUCUUUGUUGGUUUCUUACGCCUUUUCCCUUCUUGCAGAGGCCAACGCUGCCCUGCAGCAGCAGCUGGAUGAAGCCAACACCGCCUUGCGCGCCAAGGAGGUGGACUGCAGCAAGCUGGCCGAGGAGCGUGACCGGCUCACCAUGCAACUGGCGGAGCAGUCGGAGCUUCUCAAGAAGGCCCAGAAGGAGGCGGAGGAAAAGGAGGCCGCUCUCCUUGCUGAGUUCCAGACUAAACGCUCCACCUGGACCGACAAGGAGGCUUUGCUGACUGCCGGCUUUGGCGAGAUUGAAGACAUGGUUGACGACUUCUUCCCUGGUCACUCUGGUGCUGCCAAUCAGGCUAUCGAGGCCGAUCGCGAAGGGCGGAAGGUGAGCAGAUUGCUGCCGACGCCCCCCGCACCCUUAGCGAGCAGCUUCUCAGCAUCCAGGCUCACCUUCGGCCGGCUCAUCAAAUGUUGCGCCGUCUUCAGCGUGUCGGCGCCCAGGCGAUCGCCGCCCUGUGGCCAGACAUGCCGGCUCCAUGUACACCCAGCCGGACUGCCGACUGGCUUGAGGUGGCGGCCGACCACCUUGAGGCUGGGAAGGGUUCCUCGGCCCGGACUGGGGCACGCCGGGCCUUGGAGUUCGUCAAGGCGUGGUACCCUGGGCUAAAUCUAGCCCAGUUGGCCACGCUUCGACUGGAAGCCCAAGAGGAGCUAGUGGCGGUGGAGCGUGAUCUUUUCCAGCGGGCCGCGGCGAUUGCCGAGUACACCAACACCAGCGUCUUCGUUCCUGAGCUGGCUGAGAACGGCACCGAGGCGCCGCAGGAGUGGUUCGGGCUGAACCCAGAGGAUGGCGAGGACUCGGCCGAAGCGAUCGACUCCAGCGACGACGGAGAAGACGAGGAGGACGAGGAAGGUGACGAGGAAGCGCCAGAGGUUGAAGCGGACGGCCAGCCUUAGCUCGACCGCGCCUCCAGCAACAAAUGACGCCUGAGCGAGCCGCCUGCUGCUGAAGGCGACCAAGCGGAGACCGACCAGCCGGCCGCUCCACCUGCCGGCACUAUCAACUCCACCAUUCUGCCGAACCCGUCUGCUGCUCCCUAGGCUGCCAAUUUAUCUUUUGUUUUUACCUGCUUAUCAGUCUCGACAAACUUUGUUAACUUCGCACAAUUCCACCCGCGGGCUGUAUUUGAAACUUCUGUCGAACGUUAGCCAAGGGCCUUUUGAUAUGUAAAUACGU